GGUGUCGGCGCGCAGCAGACCGCCGGCCUUGCGCUUUGUGUGGCUCCGGGCGCUCCGAGCGGACUGCAGUUGCUGCUAGGAAAACAUGACGAUGUAUGUAAAAGCAUGAAUCUCUGGAGAGGUUCCAUUCCAGUGGUGUGCAGUUCUCCUUCGCAGCCCUCACGUCUUGCCUCUCCAAGCAGAAAUUGGAACAUCUUAAGAUUCUCAAGGUCAAACUACAUGAUGUUCUGGAUCUGUGAAAUCCCCUGCUGAGGCUACAAAUGUCUUGACAGCAUUUGUCAAGAUCCCAAGAUCCCAGCUUCCCGAGAUCCAGAGUAAGAAAUCACAAACAGAAAGCCAAGAAAGCCUGAAAAGCCAUCAUGGCAGCGAGGCCCAAGCUCCACUAUCCCAACGGGAGAGGCCGGAUGGAAUCCGUAAGAUGGCUUUUAGCUGCCGCUGGAGUCGAGUUUGAUGAAGAAUUUCUGGAAACAAAAGAACAGUUGCAAAAGCUCCAGGAUGGUAACCACCUGCUCUUCCAACAAGUGCCCAUGGUUGAAAUCGACGGGAUGAAGUUGGUGCAGACCCGAAGCAUUCUCCACUACAUAGCAGAAAAGCACAAUCUCUUUGGCAGGGACCUCAAGGAGAGAACCCUGAUCGACAUGUAUGUGGAGGGGACACUGGAUCUGCUGGAGCUGAUUAUCAUGCAUCCUUUCUUAAAACCAGACGAUCAGCAAAGGGAAGUGGUUAACAUGGCGCAGAAGGCUAUAAUUAGAUACUUUCCUGUGUUUGAAAAGAUUUUAAGGGGUCACGGACAAGGCUUUCUUGUUGGUAAUCAGCUGAGCCUUGCAGACAUAAUUCUUCUCCAAACCAUUUUGGCUCUAGAAGAGAAAAUUCCUAAUAUCCUGUCUGCAUUUCCUUUCCUCCAGGAGUACACGAUGAAAAUAAGUAAUAUCCCUACAAUUAAAAGAUUUCUUGAACCCGGCAGCAAGAAGAAGCCACUGCCUGAUGAAAUCUAUGUGAGAACCGUCUACAACGUCUUUAUGCCGUAAAAUAGCGCGUCUGUCUGUGAGUGAGAACACGUUCCUAGAGAUGGCUGUGUCCGUUGAUCCCAGCCCUGUCAUGGUGCUGUGUAUUAGGUUGAAUCCUAAAUUGAGUCUUUCAUGUCAAGGAGAUCUUUUCUAGAAAUAUCAGUUCGUUUUUUUGUCUAGUUAAUAAUUGUCACGGGAAACCUUUUUUGGAAAAUCUUUUGGGGAAGACUGAUGUUUAAGUUAGAUCUGAGCGUCUUUCUGAACUCCUUGUCCUAUUCUAAACCCUCUCCAGUCUCUUCCUAAUUUUUAGUGUCUAAUAACAACAAAAUGUCUAGUGAAUGACCCUGCUCUGAGCUAUAAUAAAUCAAAUGGUAGUAAUGAAUGCAAUUGAUAUUGGCCAAAAUAAAGAAUUUACCAAUCA